AUGGGAAAUGCUACUCCUCAUCCAGGCACGCAAAGCGGCGGUAAUAAUUGGGUCGGAUACUUGACCACACAACAUAACACUACCUUAACCCUAGCAUACAGUCUAGCCAUCGCCGGUGCAACAAUUGAUAAUUCGCUAGCUACGUGGGGAUUUGGUGAUAUGACUUCCCAAAUUGACGCCUUUCAAUUGUAUUAUGCUUCGAGGCCGGCGUAUGCGCCAUGGACGGUCGAUAAUACAGUUGCUUCGUUCUGGAUUGGGAUUAACGAUGUAUAUUACGGCUUUGCGCAUGAUGAUGAGCCUUCUCAAUUUGUAUCUGCGCUUAUGGAUAGAUAUCGACCACUCAUCGAACAAAUCUAUUCCAGCGGAAUCCGAAAGUUUCUCUUUCUGAACUGCCCACCGUCAACCCGCAGUCCGCAGGUGCAUGAAGAGAACGAUUUGCCGGAACAGUUCCAACGUCAUGCCGAGAUGGUGACAGCGUACAAUAAUGGUCUGGACAACAUGUUCUCUCAAUUCAGUGAUAAGCAUAAAGAUGCAACCGUCGUGUUUUACGACGCCUUCCAGUACAUGACUCGCGUUCUUGAUGAUCCUGCUCAAUAUGGAUACCAAGAUUCCACGUGCAUGAAUACUGAUGGGUCGAAUUGUGUUUGGUGGAAUAAUUUGCAUCCUGGUUGGAAAUAUCACCAGCUUCAAGCCGAGGAUAUGUUGCCCAUUCUUGCGCGUCUUGGGUGGUGA